GUAUCUAUAGACGUGUUGUGGCCUUGAGGUGAGGAUUCCGUGAUCUUGACUCAUACAAGGGUGCUGCUCCUCACUACUCUAUCCAGUUUUUUUUUUGCAAGAUGUCGUGGUUUGGAGGAAAUUCGGAUAGGAAGAUGCAAGGAAGAUGGGACCAUUGAUGAUUUGUCACUGUCUCCUUACCUGGUUGGGCUCCCAACAUGGAAUCCCAUCACAGCUAGCACACCAGCCUUAAAGAGGAUCACCAAGAUUGCUUGUUCCAGUUGAAGUUUUGUGAAAAGCAGAUGGAAAGACUGGCAAAGAAAGCUGAAAAAGACCAAAAAAUUCAAGAAGGCAAGAUAAAGAAAGCUCUUCAACAAGGCAAUGUUGAGGGAGCAAAAAUUUAUGCUGAAAAUGCCAUAAGGAAAAAAAAUGAGUCCUUGUCUUACUUGCGCAUGGCGUCAAAAGUGGAUGCUGUACAGUCUAGGGUUCAGUCCACAUUGGCCAUGAAGGGAAUCACCAAGAACAUGGGUUCUGUAGUUAAAGCUCUCGACCAGGCUCUUAACACCAUGGACCUGCAGAAAGUAUCUGCAAUUAUGGACAAAUUUGAAACACAGUUUGAAGACCUUGAUGUGAGAACUUCGGUGCUUGAAGACAGCAUGGGAGCUGCCACUACUCUUUCUACUCCAAAAGAAGCUGUGGACUCUCUCAUUCAGCAAGUUGCAGAUGAAGCUGGUUUAGAAGUGAUGGACCAGGUGAAUGCACAGUCUAUACCCACUGCCACUCUCACCACUGGUGAACGCACCACAGACCAAGAAGAUCAGCUCACUAGACGUUUGGCAGCACUCAGAAACUAAGCUGUACCUCAUGGUUCAGCUCCAGUGUUGGGAAAAACUGACAGGCUUCACUAUCAGGGGGAAGAACAAGUAUCCCUCAAGGAUUCCUUUAUUUGGAGGGAUCUUUUCCUCACCACUCAAGGGAGUGAUGCAGAAGCUGUGUCUGAGGAGGAAGUCAAGGGCUCCACAUGUGCUACACUAAAACAAAAUAGACAGGUUGGGCCCACAGUGUUGCUUUAAAAACAAGAACAAAAAGACUGUGAUUACCAUGGUAAGCAAACACUAGCAGUCUUUGGUGUGAUCCAGUUACAUACAUAGCUGUACAUAUGUGUAUCUGGUGUUGAAGAUGCUCAUAUUGAAAGCAGCCAAAGGUUCAGUCAUGAGAGAAUGAUGAAUGUGAAUAAUAUUCUAGAAUGUCAUUGCUAUACAAGUAUGGGUAAUAGUUGGAAGAUGCUGAGCUUGGUUUGAGCAGGAAACUUGCUCCCUGUCUCUCCUCUUCAUUCAUUGAUUUGUCAGCUCUAGAAAGAAGAGAAAAGAAAAAAAAAAAAAACUGCCCAGUCUUCUGCUCUCAAUCCCUACAUUUUGUCUAAAAGUAGAUAAGCCUUACCUCUCUUAUUUCCAAUGUUAAGGGAUGCAUUUUAAUGCAUAAUAAUUUUUGCUUUUAUAUCAACAGUAAAUUACAGAAAUUGCAAUAGAAUAUUUUUAUAUAUAAAAGUUUGUAAAUUACAAUAAAUGUUUCCUUUACAUUAAUGUAUACAACUGUAGAACCAAUAUUGUUCGAAGGGCAUAAAGCUAAAGGCUGUACUUGUUUAUCUGAAAGUACAUAUAGCAGUGGUACAUUUUUCACUAGCAUUGAGAAAGUGAGGGAUUUCAGGACCUAGUAAAACAUGCUACAGCUUUAAUACAGUAGGAGACUUACAUAGUGUAGAAGUUUUAUUGAUAUACAUACUUAAUUAUGCUUGGGUGGAAUGCACUAUUUUACGGUUUGAAUAUAUAUAUAUAUAUAUAUAUAUAUAUAUAUAUAUAUAUAUAUAUAUAUAUAUAUAUAUAUAUAUAUAUAUAUAUAUAUAUAUAUUAUUUUAUUUUCAUUUUAUUUAUUUAUUUUUUUUUUUACUGCAAAGAUGGGAAAUAUCCUGAGAACUAGCACAUUCAUUAUUUUCUGUAACAUUGGUCGCAAUCACUAACUUAAGAACUCAUUUUAAGUGUUCAUCUGUAUUCCUGUUAGUAUAUUUAAUGGAAAGCUUUUAAAUAUAUAAGGAAAUUUUAAAUUAUAUGAUAACCCAAUUCAUAUUAACUCAUUAGGUACUUAUAUUCUCAGUAAUUCACAUUUUAAAUGGUCAUUUGCAUCUCAGAGGUGGCUAGGUCACUGUGAGUGGCAACUAGUACUGAACUUGACCUAACUUUUGGUGAUUCCAAUUGUGGGGCAUGCUUUGAACUGUUUGAAUGACAGAGUAGUCUCAUCUAGGGAUUAUCAGGGUUGUGUGUCUCCAUGUUCUUGACAAAUUCUCAACUUGUCUGGGUGCCUCUGAGGCUGGUUGUGGACUGUAAGGUUGUGUACCUCUGUGUUCUUAACUGUGGACUGUAAGACCAGGCCAAAUUAGCCCUGAAUGGAGUAGCAGACAAGGUAUCUACAUGCACACGCACAUUCAAACAUUUCUUCAUAUCUAAUACUUUCUUUGUGUACUCUCUUCAGCAGUAAGGAAAAAAAAGUUAUACAAGUGUUAGUCUGAUUUCUUGUGCAAAGCAUAAGCAUGGUAUUGCCUCAGUGGUUUUUCAUUCAUCAGAUGUAAUGCUAUGUACUGCUGCAUCAUGGGAUUAUUUACAUGACCAAUGAAAGAUUUGUCACAUUUCAGCCUCUCUGUCUAUUAUCACAUUGCAUUCUUAAUUAACUUAAGAUAGCAGUGUAAUACUGUUUUGACAGACUCCAAUGGCAAUUAAAAUUACAAUUGAUAUUCUUAAAUUUUAAAGGCUCUGUACAUGGUUACAUGUGUCAGCCUUCUUCAUCUAUUAGCAGCAAUUGCACAUUCUUGCAGCGUCUUUUUACAGGCUUAGAUGAGGCCCUUCUGGAUCACUGAAUUCCACGUUUUCUUGGGGUCUACCUUGAAAAACCUUACCUACCAAGUAUCUUAAAAUCUCUACCUAUUUUCAUUCAGUCACUCUCUGCCAUCCUCCCAAUAAACCCUUACCACCUCAGUCUGUUUCUUCUCAUCACUAGAAUGAUACACUUGUCUCAUCCUCUCCUUCAGUCCUCAUCACUUUUUUAUUUUUAUUUUCUGUGGUGACAGCCUUUUAUACAUGUACAAUACUAGUUUGCAUCAGUUCAUUCAGCCCUUUUUUUAAAUAAAAAAAAUUUUGUCUUGAGACAUGAUAUUUGUGAAAUAUAUUUUAGUGUAUGUUUCAUCAGUGUUUUUGUUUUAUCAUUAUAAGGAGAAUUAUACAUUUUUUUUUCCUGGCCAGUUUACAAUGCACGAGUUCAAACAAGGUGUUUCUUUAGUGAGUGCCAUCCUCCAAGCAUUGAUUUAUCUGAAAAGUGCUUGUUGUGAAAGUAAUGAAAGUGUUAAUUAAAUACUGAAGGAAUGAAUCAUACAGAGUGGUUGAGCUGGUCAAAUGGAGUAUCUUAUUAUGGUUUCUUUUCUCAAGAGAAUUAAAUAACAAAGGUUUAUAAAAGGUACUUGUAUUAAAAAGUAAAUAUGUGACAUUGUCUUAAGAAUCAUAAUAAGCAGUAAGUUUCCUGACUCAGCAUGUCAAGUAGCAGUUAUAUCAUCAGGACCAAUACUGAUUUUUGUGGCCAUGUUCAUUUGUGACCACUCUGAACCUCAAACUUGAGCAGAGAACAAGGAUCAAAUUCUUUGUCAAACUCAAGAAAUGGAGAUCUUUGAAAUUAUACAUCAUACUGAUAGAAUUGUAUCAGGGAGCUUGACAAGGUGCUUUGAGUGGCAUUUGUAAAGGAACAAAACAUCACAGAAGGAUCAUUUGAUCACAAUCUAAGGAGUUCUUGACAUCAUAUAUGUGUCUUGUGCAAUUCUCAUGUUCAUUUUGAAAUUGCAAAUCAUUGUCAAGUUCAUGAUCAAGCUCCUGGUGCAUGAGCAGAACUGAGAUGAAGUCUAUGAGGAUUUCUGUGAAUAUCUUAGAGAUAAUUCAACUUCCAUGUCAAGAAUCAUCAUUGGUAACAAGGCAAGGCAAGUUAUGAGCACCAUGACGAUUUUUCAUUUUCAACACUGGUAGGUUUGUGCUUUGUGGAUUCAUCUCCUGGAGUCAGACUGUCAAUGCCAAAUUUUGCUGGUAUUCUAAAGCAUCUGAGGUAGAAUAUUCACAAGUGACCUGACAUUGUAGUAGGAAUUACUGUUGUAUCAUGACAACAUGCCUGUUUAAAGUGCAUUGAGCAUUUUCAUCCACACCAUGAUCAUGCUCCCUAUCUACCUGCUGGAUUUGACUUCAAUGAAGAGCUCAAUGAUAGACUUGGUUUAGUACCAAAAAUGAAAAACAAACACCUAGUCAGAGUUUUGCAACUUUCAAACUAUCUCAUUCACCAAUGAAACUUUGAAAUUCUUUUUCCUAAUUGUAACCUAAAAUAUGUACUUUUCUAUUAAUAUAGUUACAUUAAUAAGAUUUCAAAAUAUUUUGAAAGGAGCAACAACGAUCAUGUGUUUCACCAGUUUUCACAGCUUGUUCACAGUCACCCAAUCCAUCAUUCUGCAUUAACUUUCAGUAAUAUGCAAUUGGAAACAUAUCAUUUACUGGGAAAUCUAACAUAAUAGGCAAAAAAUAGGUUAGAAAGGAAGAAAACAUGAAAAUCAUACUUAAAUUAUAAUGUAACAAGCAGACAAUCCCUGCAGUGAAGCAGGGAGAGGGAGAGAGACUGAAAGUUGGUGGGAGAGCAAGGUGGAGGGAGUGUCUUGAUCAUUCUACCCUUCAGUUAUUUCAGUUUGAUGUACUUCACUUAAAGCUUGCCAAAAUGUGUAAAUUGCGAUAAAAGGAAACCAAAACAAAGAAAAAUUCCAUUAUAUUUUCUUUUAACUCAUGAUUUCAUUGGGUUGUGAUAUAAAUACCAAGAGCUAAUGAUUGGCUCGCUUCCCACCUGGAGGCACAUGACCAAGCCUGUCCUUCAGUUCUCACAGCAGAACUGUAGCGCAGCAAUUAAGGCCACACCCCCUUGUUAUUUUAGCAGGAUUUCAAAAUUAAAGAUCAUUCAAUUUCAGUUCAGCUCUCUUCUCUCGAGAAAAUAAAGGUGGGAAAAGCCAAUGAAGUGAAAGAUGUAUUUUGUUGUGAGGACACUCCACCAAGUCUGUCAUAUGCCCACACUAGGUCUAAGGGAUAUAUAUAUAUAUAUAUAUAUAUAUAUAUAUAUAUAUAUAUAUAUAUAUAUAUAUAUGACGUGCCUAGAGUCAGAAGGAUGAAGCUGCCAAAUGAUAGUUUCAAGAUAACUACACUUAAAGUUGGUGUAAUAUAUAUAUAUAUAUAUAUAUAUAUAUAUAUAUAUAUAUAUAUAUAUAUAUAUAUAUAUAUAUAUAUAUAUAUAUAUUUCACACUGUUCAAUGCUCUUUUUCAGGUUUUAUUUCUUGCCACCUAAAUCUUGUUUUAAACUGGCAAACUGUUGUACUCAUUAUUCUCAUUGCAUAUUUUACUAAUAGUCAUACUUGAUUAAAUGUUACCUGGAAAUUGCUGUUGGAAUUAUGAAAAUGUGUGGACAUUGUGGUCAUAAUUGAUUCACAGGGAGUGGAAGAAAAUUUAAAAUAAGCUGCUGAUUAUCUGUAAACUUAAUUUGACUUCACUGCUCUCACGUUUACUGUUCCCAUACUUUGCUUGUGUCCAAGCAUGUUGUAUCUGAUUUCUCGUAUAAUGAUUUUUAUGCAGAUUCAAGAAAUUGCCUGAUUUGAAUGAAAGUUGUAUUACUAAUAAGGUAUAACAAAUACAGAUAUCUAAAAACA